AUGUCUCCAGGGCUGAACAUCGGAUCGCCAGGCAGCGCCAUUGAUGAAGCUCCAGAGGCCGAGACAGCUCGUACGUCCCAAUCGAUGUCGUCCUCGUCGCUGUCUCGCCGUGCUUCUCAGACGAUGAGGCCUCCUCCGCUGCCGCACUCUACCUCCUCGUCCAGUGGUGACAAUACAGGCGUUGGCGGCGGGCCGGGCCCGCUACGUCAUCCCAGACCUAUGACUAUAUCAGACAUACACCUAGAGCUGGAAAAAGAGCAAGAGGCAGUGGUAAACCGUCUCACGCGAGAGCUUUCUCUUCUGCGUGCCCAGACAGCGUCCGUCGCCUCAACGACCUCGUCUACAUCCACGAACGUCAACGAGCAAGCCGACGGUGUACCGUACAGCACCAGCACCGUAGCCUCCCCGCGAGCAACCUCGACAUCUCGCCAUAGAUCAUCGUCGACUCUCAGCUCCCCAAGCAUCGGCGGUUCAAGCUAUGUGCCCGGCAGCACCGUUGCAGCGCUGACAAGCGUAGUCCCGUCGCGAGAGGCCGGAGCAUCGUCCGCGCGCCAAUCAAUGGACUUCCAGCGGCCAACUACCAGCCGUGAAGGGUCUGGCUCUUCCUCCCGAAUGCCAGACAUGUCUUCCCCGCCUCUACACUCGCCAUAUAGCUUCGAAGAGUCGGCCAUGCGAGCUCACCGUCGGUCAGAGUCUGCGUCCAGCACAUCUCGGUACGAAGAGGCUGCGCGGCAUCGAGCCGAGCUGGAAGUGGUCAAGCGGGAGAACGAGAGCCUGCGACGGCGGGUUCGAGAGCUCGAGAAGAUUCUGCGGGAGCGUCGUAACGUCUAG